AUGGUGAGAGAGCGUACGCCUGCUCGGAAUCGACCAAAAUCCCAACUGGGCGAAUCCUGGGUAGUUGAUAGCGAUGGCGACGAUGAAUACACUCCUCCGUCAAAGCAAGCGGAUGGAAUAAGACGUUCGCAGGGAACAGCAGGGACUGCAGAGAGCCCACGAAAAAGACCAUCUCGUGUCAAUGCCAGACCCAGUGCUGAACCGGAGUUCAUCAUGCCUUCCAUACAUGAAGGCAGCGUUGGUGAGUCUUGGCUCGGGGAAGAGAAACCGAGGGUGGAGAGGGAAUCGAGUAAAGCGAGUAAAAGGGUACAACGACCCGAAGACAGAGGCAUGUCUACAACCUACCGUUCUAAGGACCAAAGAGGAAAAGAGAAGCUCGUCAAGGCUUCAGAAGACGUUGCAAGCUUUGUAACACCAAUGUUUAUGUGGACGUACGAUGUUUUCGGUGGGGCUCUGCAUGCGUUGAAGACUCCAAUCUCAUACCUGAUCGCCGGCUGGCUCCUUGUUGGACUGUUAGUUUUUCUGCGAAAUUUGCUGUUCAACUCCGUCUACUCUGCACUGUCGCCCGUGUGCCGCAUCCCCGGCGCCUCGUUCCUUAAUCUUCCAAUGUGCCAGUCCCCAGUCUCCAUUCAAUAUUCUGGCGAGGAACCGCCACCCGUCCAAUUCGACCAGCUUAUGACCGUGCAGAACAAAUUCGAAGCGGUACUGCAAGAAAGCGCGGGCGGCGUGUCUCUCCCGCUGGACAUGAAACGAGGUGAAACGUCGAUUCGCGACCUACGACAAGUUGUUCGUUUUAGCCAGCUACACUCCAAGAACGAACUUGUUCUUGAGUUCGACGGCUUCAUAGAAACUGCUCGCAUUGCAUCCUACGACCUACAAAAGUUCAAUAGCCAUGUUGGCCGAGGCGUCGAUAAUAUCCUUGCUACUGCUCGCUGGACGAAGCGUGUCCUAGAUGGCAUCGCUGAGCGUGACGGAUCUCGAGGAGCUAUAACAUCAUUCUUCAACGAAAAACUCCUGGCGCCUUUCCAGCCGAUCACAUUCACAGAAGAUGCUCUAUUAGAUCAGUACAUUCAGCACACGCGCGUCGUUGAAGAGGAGAUCAACCGUCUUGUGGUGGAAGCGCAAGCUCUACUUCUUGUCCUCCAGAAUCUCGAGGACCGCCUUGAUGUCAUUCAUGGCAUAGCAGUACGCGAUAAUCUGCACGCGCACGGUAGCAGGGCGGAGGUGCUGUCGCAGCUCUGGACAAUGCUUGGUGGUAACCGCAACAAACUAGGCAAAUUCGAUUCACAGCUACGUCUUUUGGGCCAAGUGAACACCUAUCGUCAAAAUGCAAUAGCUCACGUAAGUGGGACGCUGGUGAGGCUGCAGGGAAUGGGCGCUGAGUUAGAAGAGUUGAGGGAGCGGGUUGGAGGGGUGGAACUGCUGGGUGGGAAAGGUGGUGUUCCGCUUAGUCUGCAUAUUGAGAAUAUUGAGAUGGGCGUGGAGAGAUUGGAGAAGGGGAGGAAAGGCGCGAAGGAAUUAGAAAAUGAAGAGUUGAAGAAGUCUUUGGAGAAGGGAAAAGGAAGUGAAAGGAUGAUCGAGGGGUGA